UUUCAUGGACAUUUCGUUAAUAAUCCAUUAGAUUCUAGGGUCAAAUCAUGGAGGUAACACAAAAUGAGUCCUCAAAAGAGGACCCGUUGUUAUGCUGCCGAGCCUGCCUAUCCACCGACGGAAAGCUAUUCAACAUACAUGAAAAUAAACUUGCUGACGCCUUUGCUCACAUAACGGGGACUCCUGUAGUCAAGGACAAGCUUCCUCAGCACCUGUGCUCGUACUGCGGCACGCAGCUGCGUAAAUGUGCAUCUUUCAGAGACAUGUGUCUCCGCACACAACAGUGUCUAACUGCGGAGUCGCUCAAGGAAAAGCUGGACUUAGGUGGAAUUCGCCAAAUAAGCCGCCCCUCAAACCUAUUUCUCGAUCUAACAAUAUCUGAAGUGGAAACAGCAGAAUAUACAGACAUCACACCAGCAGACAAUAUAAAAGAGGAACCAAACAUAAUCACCAAGGAGCCAAAUAUGGCAAACUUUAAUAAACCAAACAUAAACAUUGCCGGUGUUAUUACAAAAACCGGGACGAAAACUCAAUUUGAAAACCAAAAGCAUGUACUUAAUAUUCCUGCCGAUAAGCUUAAAUAUAUACAAAAAAGGGUUAGAAACAUUGAGAAUACCAUCAGGAAAAAGAUGCAAAAGGCAGAAGAUGACGAAAACAAUGCCAGUAUUACAGAAACAAAAAACGUGAGAAAGAUUGAAAAUACCAUCAUGAUUAAGACAAAUGAAAACGAUGAAAAUGAUGCCAUUACAGAAACGAAAAUUAAGAUGGAAAUCGAAAUUGAAGAAGAUACAAGCUACAGAGUAUUUGGUGAGGAAAUUAAGAAAGAGUUUGAAAUUGAAGGUGACCAUGGUGAAGUUUAUUGUGACAGUGUUAAGAUUAAGACACCGCUUAAAAGGCGAAAAGAAAUGAAAAAAAAUUUGGAAGUUAAGAGGAAGAAAAAAGAUGUGAAAACUCCGUGCAAAAGUAAAACUAAGCAGAAAAGAGUAGCAAGUAAGAGGGUGAAGAGAAAAAUUAGGAAUGCCAAAAACAAUUAUAUGCCGGAGUUUGAUUUUGCUAAAUUCGAGAGGGAUAAUGCAGUGAAAAUUGUGACUUUAAGCAAGGAAGAGCAGCUGGAAGAGAUCGCCGCCCGCAAGAAGUCGCAGAACUACCUGGAGUCGCAGUACAAGUGCGAGACCUGCGGGAAGGCGUUCAACGCGGAGGCCGCCUACAACAACCAUCUACUGCGACACGAUCCUAUCGAGGGCGAACUAGCAUGCGAGAUCUGCUCCGUGCGCUACAAGCGUCAGUUCCAGGUGCAGCGCCACCAGGACGUGCACCGGCUGAAGAUUGUAUGCAACGAGUGCGAAUAUGUCUCCAGAACCAGGUGGCAAGCAGUCAGACAUCACGAGAUGCACGCGGGCAAGACCUACCAAUGCCAGCAUUGCGGGAAAACCUAUGCCAAGAUGACUACGUACUUGUCACACAUACGUAUUGUGCACCCCGCGCAGUGCGCCGCGUGCGACGUGUGCGGGGAGACGUUCGUGGGGGAGCACGGGCUGCGCGCGCACAAGAAGAGAUCGCAUGCUAAGAAGCCGCAACAAUUCAAGUGUACUACUUGUUCAGCCAACUUCCAUAGUUUAGAAGCACUGAACAGACACACAGACACGGCCGGCGAGCACAGAGACCUGCGGCCGUGCGAGCAGUGCGGCGAGAACUGUGCGAGCGAGGACAAGCUACAGGAACAUGUCAAAGAGACACACCCGAAGGAAACAUGUCUGUGUGACGAGUGCGACAUGACGUUCCCCGACGCGAAGGCGUUCCAAGUACACAACCGUCGCAAGCAUCUCAACGAGCGGCCCAAGGCCGGGCGCGGGGAGUACGCGAGGAAGUACUACGCGCGCCGCCGCGCCGCGCUGCGCGCCUCUUCCGCGCCCUCCUCCGCGCCCGCCUCCGCGACCGCUCGACACGCGCCGGUGACACUGUUCGUGUGUGAGCAGUGCGGACGCGUUCUACAGAAUUCGACCCUGCUCCGUCAGCACCAGGAGCAGCAUCAGGCGGUGAGGACAUUCGCCUGCAACCUGUGCCCGAAGAGCUUCGCCGUCAAAACUACGCUAGAGAAACAUUUGCGGACGCACACAGGGGAGAAGCCGUUCCAGUGCUCGAAGUGUCCGCUCGCUUUCACAGCGAAGGGCAACUUGAAACGACAUUACAAAGUUGCACACGAAGGCAUCCGCGAAAACGUCCCCUGUACGAUCUGCGGGCGCCAUUUGUCCACGAAGUCCGCGCUGGCGCUUCACGUGAGCACCGUGCACUACGGCCAACCCGCGCCCAAGCGGAACCGGAGCAAGCUGAAACGGAGCGUAAAUAAUAUGGAAGAAAGCUGUAGUUAAUGCAACACCUGUGCGAGUCCGCUGCGCGCGAGCACUGUGCAACACGGCCAGCCCGCGCCUAAGCGGAACCGGACCAAGUGGAACAAAAGCGGGAUAAUGACACAUGUUGAAUAUCCCGUGCACCAUCCGUGCGAGUGGUCCACGUGAGCACCGUGUACCGCGGCCAGCCCGCGCCAAAGCGGAACCGGACCAAGCAGAACAAUAGCGGGAUAAUGACACAAGUUGAAUAUCACGUGCACCAUCUGUGCGAGUAGUCCACGUGAGCGCCGUGCGCCACGGCCAGCCCGCGCCCAAGCGGAGCCGGACCAAGCGGCAACAAUGAUGACACAUGUUGAAUAUUAAGUAAUCUGUGUGAGUUGUCCUCAAGUCUCAGCCUGCGCACAAGCGGAACAAGAGUUGAAUUUUAUGAAAUCUAGAUAAGUGAAAAUGAAAGAAGUACCGUAAAAUGGGGUGAGUAGGGACGAAAUCGAAGUUUAAUUUAUAUACAAAAAAAGUGUUCCGGAUGUAUGAAUUUUAGUUUGUCAAUGAUAAUUUGUUGUUUCAUUUCAUAACUUUAGAGAUAAACAUGAAGUAGUAGGAAAUCCCAGCUCACCUCGUAGUUGGGGUGACGAGGGAUUUCCUACUAAGGUGAGUUAUGAAAAUUGUUGGAUCGACACUUUGGGAUUAUGAACAUAGCUUGAUUUGUUAUUAGAAUAUAUUAUUUACGUAGCAGUAGCCUGUAAAAACCAACUCAACCCUCUGUCAUCCCUCCUCACCCCAUUCAUAACCCAACUGCCCUCGUAAUCCCUACUCACCCCAUUAUACGGUACUAUAAUUAAAUUAA